CCGCCCUCCCAUUGUCACGUGACAGAGAAAGCGCUGGCUGCUGAUGUGACACUGCUGUUAGCAAUACUUAGCAACUUUGUUGACUUUAGUAUUUUUUCGCCCCCCUUUAGAUUCAGAAAAACAAGUAAAGCAGAAUGGAUAACAGUGGGAAAGAAAAAGAAGCUACAGCUUUAAUGGCGGAGGCGGAGAAGAAAGUUAAAUCAUCUCAGUCGUUUUUCGGGUCGCUGUUUGGGAGCUCCUCCAAGCUGGAAGAGGCCUGUGAUCUGUAUGUGAGGGCAGCCAACAUGUACAAAAUGGCCAAAAACUGGUGUGGUAAGAGGACAGUUACUUUCCCUUCCUUGUGCAUAUCUGUUGAUAUGUUUUAUCUUUUAAUUUGUGUUUUCUUUUCAGCUGCAGGAAAUGCGUUUGCUCAGGCUGCUCAUCUUCACCUGCAAAUGCAGAGUAAACACGAUGCAGCAACUAAUCUCAUAGAUGCUGGAAAUGCCUUCAAAAAAGCAGAUCCACAAGAGGCCAUAAACUGCCUAAACCGAGCUAUUGAAAUAUACACGGAUAUGGGUCGUUUCACCAUCGCUGCUAAACACCACAUCACCAUCGCUGAGAUUUAUGAGACGGAGUUGGUGGACAUCGACAAGGCUGUUGCUCAUUAUGAACAAGCAGCAGAUUAUUACAAAGGCGAAGAAUCCACCAGUUCAGCCAACAAGUGCCUUCUGAAAGUAGCGACAUAUGCAGCUCAGCUGGAACAGUACCCAAAGGCUAUAGAGAUCUAUGAGCAGGUUGGCACCUAUGCAAUGGACAGCACACUUCUGAAGUACAGCGCCAAGGAUCACUUCUUCAAGGCGGCGCUGUGUCACUUCUGCGUAGACAUGCUGAACGCAAAGCUUGCUGUGCAGAAGUAUGAGGAAAUGUUUCCAGCCUUUUCAGACUCCAGAGAGUGCAAGCUGCUGAAGAAACUGUUGGACGCGUACGAAGAGCAGAACGUGGAGGCCUAUACCGAUUCAGUGAAGGAGUUCGACACCAUUUCUCGGUUGGACCAGUGGCUCACCACCAUGCUUCUACGCAUCAAGAAGACCAUACAGGACGACGAGAGUGACCUCCGCUGACUCGCCUCCCAGUUUCCCCUAAUGCUCCCAACAGCAACAACAAUAACAAACAUGCAUCCUCAUUUCUGCCUUCAGCUUCUUGCUUACGUUCCUGCAGCAUUCUUCAUAUUAUGAGCCUCUGGUUCUGUUUCUUUCACACCGUUUGCAGUAUUUAUUUUCCUGCCUUUUAUUCAACUUACUGUUCCCAAAAAAAUUCUUUGCAUCAUAUGUGUGAACACUAUGCCCCUGGGUGUGCUUUCCACACACACCGUAUGUUAGUUGUAUGUUGUUUUGCUACAGGUGUUAAUUAACCCAAUGAUGGUCCUACCGGUAUUUACAACUGCAAUGCAAUACCAAAUACUCAUACCAGCAUCCUUGUAUGAUACAGAUUAUAUUUUUGUUUCAUUGUUAAGUGAUGGAUGAGAGAACACAAGCAUACUAACAGUUUGAUCUAAUAAAUAAAUAAAUAUAUUUUGAAGAAUAUUCUUUAGAAUAAAGAAAAGAGCCACCUGAAGCUGAUAUAUUUGGGAAUUUGGUUCUGUUUGGACCUCACAGUGCUUCUAAUUAAACAGAACUUCCUUUAAGCUGCACGGAGAAUAAAAUUAAAAGGUUAUUUCACAGCUAACACCCUCUCUGCCUUAAACUGCUCUCAGGAUGUGAAUGGCAAGAUUUGACUCCCAACUUAAAAAAUUCACUUGCAUCGGAUUUCACCUCGAUUUAAAAUGCUUUUAUUCCAGAGAAUAAAACAAAGGCAUGUUUUUGGUCAUUGUUUGCAUGGUUUGGAAUGAAUAAGGACUCAAAUGCAGAAGUUUUAUUUUUUUUGUACUGUUUUCUGUUUCAUGUAUAACAGGCUGAUAAAACUCAUGUGGUCUGAAAAAAUACAGCAGGGGUGGUUUAGACUUCUUUAGUGGGUUUCUGUGUUAUCCAUGACUUUUUAAAACUGACUUCACAUCUAAAAAUAAGUCCAAUUUUAAAGCAAUUUACAGGAAAUUGUUUUAUAAACUAACACGGCUUUGAUUUGAUUAUUUUUUGGAAUAUAUGAUUAUUCUGGCCACAAAUGGGCAUUUUGUACAAGAAGCACUGCUGCUACUGAAGUUUUCCUGUAAAUUACCAAAUGAUAUAGAAUUUAAAUAAAAUCUUGUUUGCUUCUAUUUGGAGCAAAAUCUGUUUCUCCGAACUUAGGUUGUUACAAAGGCAGGUAAAAAUAUUUAUAACGCAGAAAGCUCAUUUUAAAAGGUCUGAAUUGUCUAAAGAAAAAAAAACACCAGAUCUAAACUGAUGUGAAACGCUGUGCUGAUGACUGAUCGGUUAAUUGGAUGAUUUGUAACGUUUCCUGUCUGAAUAAACCGGUUUAAUUGUG